AUGUGUGGACGAUACAGCUUGGCUUUGCGGCCUUCCCAGGUCCGCGAAUACUUGGAGAAUGAUGAGAUGCCAGUGUACGAAGCUCCGGAUGAUGACGGUGCAAAUGCUCCCCGCCAGAGCUACAACUUCGCACCGGGAUACCAUGGCAUUGUGUACCGCGCAGAGAGACCUAAUAGAGACCAACAUCAAGACGGGGAGACGGAGCAACCUUCCAACAAAGACCAUCUAGGGGAAGGUGGACAACAAGAAAUCAGGUAUAAACUGCAACAAAUGACGUGGGGUCUGAUACCUUCUUGGACCAAACGGAACCCUAAUUAUGGCUCCGUGAUGAAGACAAUAAACUGUCGCGAUGACUCGCUGAGUAAGAGCGGCGGUAUGUGGACGACGAUGAAACAGAAGAAGCGUUGUGUUGUUGUGGCACAGGGGUUUUAUGAAUGGUUGAAAAAAGGCAAGGAAAAGCUGCCUCAUUAUGUGAAACGGAAGGAUGGGGCUGAGGAGAGGCUCUAUACCUAUACGAUCAUAACUACAGAUCCCAACAAACAACUCAAGUUCCUCCAUGAUCGGAUGCCUGUAAUUCUGGAGAAUGGUUCCCAAGACUUGCGAACCUGGCUUGAUCCAAAUCGUACCUGGUCCAAGGAGCUUCAAAAUCUCUUGAAGCCAUUUGGUGGGGAGUUAGAUAUCUACCCUGUCAGCAAAGACGUUGGAAAGGUUGGCAAUAACUCACCUACAUUUAUCGUUCCUCUCACAAGCAGUGAAAACAAAUCCAAUAUUGCCAAUUUCUUCAUCAAGCCAGUUCCGAAGAAGGACGUAAAGAUUAGUACAUCGUCCAAGAUAGAAGGCGAGGCGAGUGAGCCCUCGUCAGCCAAGCAUGCACCAAAGGAUGACCGCGAAGCUGGUGAGCAUUCCGGGGCUGAAGACAACGCCCCGUUGCCUGUUCCGAGGAAUGAGGCCAAGAAAGGCAUGAAGCGAGAACUGGAGGAUGUGCCUACCGAAAGAAAUCCGCAGAAGGUUCAAAAAACUACCCGCAGGGAUCGAAGUGCUACAAGCAACAAGUAA